AUGACUGGAAUCACAAUUUCACCGCCAGGAUCUUUCCCAUCCUCUCCCUCCUUCGGUGCCUCUCGCGCCUCUAGAUCCUCCUCAUCUUCACGACGGCCCAAUCUCUCGCUGGACAUGUCCAACCUGCCAUCUCUCUCUAAACCCACGCCACCAACCAACACCCUCCUCAUCACCGACCUCAAUAGCAUCCUGCUCUUCCAACCGGACGCCCUCGCCGCGAUCCGCGCCCGGCUUGAAUCCAUCGCCCCGCUGAACUCCUUCUCCCCGCUGCCCUCUCUCCGCCGUAUCAUCUGUUCCUUCCACUCGGAACAAGACGCCUUGCGCACCCGCAAGCUCCUGGACGGCUCCUCGCUCCUCGAUAACACCAACACACGCGCCAAGAUCUACUUCGGCGAACCCACCCCCAUCCUAGACGAGCAGGACGCCCGCCCCAAACUCCUAGAAGCGCCGCAUUCCGACAAACUCUUCUUCAUCUCGCCGCCCCCCAGCCCCCCGCACGGCUGGGUCAUGCGCAACGAAGACCCGCCCAACAAGGAGGUCCACGCGAGUGAUCUCGCCCACGCCCUGGCGAACCUGAAGACCGAGCAAUUCGGCGUCGUUGCGGACGUGAACGCCGCCCCCAACGCCAACGCUAUGGAGCCGGGAACCCCCAUGUCUAUCACCUCGGAUAAGCGCACGGGCAGCUGGCCCGUCGCCGUGUCGCAGCAGCGCAGCCGCAGCAGUACCCUCAUCUUCCAUCCCGAGGACCACGGCGGCAGCCCCAACCUGCCGGCCGUCAUGGUCGAGGAUACCAGCGCGGCGCUGGAGGAUAUGGACGUCGAGAUGAGUCCGAUCGAGAUGUCGGUGAAGAAGAUGCCGCCGAAGACGUCUCGGCCGCCGGUCGAACUGAUGAAUUAA